AUGCAGAGCGAAGGAGUCCCAGGUGCUGGGUGCACAGGCCCCAGGGAGAGUGCAUUGCAUGGCGCGAGCCAGUCGAGCAGCUCAGGGUGCACUGAAGUGAUUCCGCAUGGUUGCAAGGUGCUUUUGUAUGGCGCUAUGGGUCGGCACAAUUUCGGUGAUAUGCUGAUGCCGUGGAUCGUGGAAACGAUGCUGCAAAGACGCUGCGGUUUCUGUCCCGACGAUUUCUUGCAUGCUGACGUUGCAGGCGCCGAUAUGCGGGCGUAUGGCGGUCAUCUUGUCAUUGGCGUUGGCUCUUUGUUCUCCAACAUGUACAAUGGCUCUCUCGAUGUGAUCUUUUGUGGAGGGGAAACUCUCCAUGACUUGUCGCUCAAUAGUGCGCUGGGUUUUUUUGGAGGUGGUUUCAAAGCUUGCAAUCGGGGCGACUUCAUGCACAGAGGCUGCAGCCUUUCCUACUUGCUGCCCAAGGACAAGUUUGCCAAACCUGGCUUGUUCAUCGCCAACACAAUUGGAGGUGUAGGCACCUCAAUAAUCAAUCAGAGCUGGUUUGACCAUUGCACGCUCCGCCAAAAUCUUCAUCGGGCUGGCUACGAAGACUGCCUGGUGGCCCCAGACAGCGUGAUCAUGAUCAACACUUUGUUUGGCGAGUCCAUAUCUCUUCGCACAAGCGGCCUACCAAUGGGGAGAUAUUUCGCUUGGCAGUUCAGGGAGGGAGUUCACUUUGACGAUGGAUUUGUUGAUGCUAUGUUGGCAGCGGCGAGAACGAACAACGCCAGCAUCGUCAUGUUCCGAGCAGGCGCUGCGCCUGGCCACGAUGCUCUGAAGCCGUAUGAGGCUAUGAAGUCCAGGCUUGAAAACACAGACUCUUCAAUUGCUGUGACCAUAUUCGAUGGGCUCAACAUUUGGGGUAUAAGUGCUUUAAUAUCCAGAGCAACGCUUUUGAUUUCCACAAGUUUGCACUGCCGCAUCAUCGCUUUCUCCUUCUAUGUGCCUCGCGUGACAGUUGUUCUUGGGCCGAGUGGUAACAUCGGGCUAAGCAAGCACUUCGCAUUCAUGAAGGACUGGGACGGGGACUGGGAUUACAGUCGCGAUGCUUCGGAUGCGCGAAUUGGCCUUUCAAUCCAAGAAGCUCUCCGGCCUUCGAGUAAGGUUGUCUUCGACAACAGCACGCGACGGGGCGUCGGCAUAUACGAGAAUGUAUUCAAGACGUGGGCUGACAGUCUCCACAAGGGGUGGAAAUCGCAUGGCAGGAGUUGA